UUAACAGAAUACAUAUAUACUACAACAGAUACUUCCGCCACUGAAUUUCCUUUCACUUCCGCUUGAUGCAUCUAGGUUGUUCAUCGGAAAAAAACAUCCGUGAUUGUGGGACACUGAUAAUUUGAAAGUGGAAAAAAUGCUAAAUUUUUCUGUGAAUUUGUUAAACGAAGAAUAUAUAAUCCGUAACAUUCCGAAUGCCGUGGUUCUUGUCCUGUACAUUGUCGUCGGAAUCCUAGGGAAUAUAUCUGUGUUGAUAGUGUACGUGAGAGACAUGAAAAAUGUGUUCGGUUCCGGUCGACUUUUCAUCCCUUUCAUGGCUUUUGCUGAUCUCGUCACUCUUAUUUUUAAUGGAGGGGUUGAAUUUAACACGGAGAUUCAGCCGUUUCAGGAAUCCGCAGACAAUGCCAUUGAAUGCAAAAUGACACGAUUCUUUGGCCUCGUUUUGGUAGUUACUUCCGGUUGUGUUUACUUUGCUAUCGCUGUUCACCGGUACGUUUUGAUUUGCAGACCCCACAGUAAAGAAAUGACACGAAAGUGGAAAUUCAUUAUCAUAAUAAGUACAAGCAUUUUCAUUUUCGGAGUUUCUAUUCCAAAAUAUAUCUUCUAUGGAUCAACAGUCGUUACGAUGGAAUCCGAAAGAAUACCAAAUCAAACAGUCAUGGCCUAUGUUUGCGGUACCGAGGAAGAGUUCGAAAAUAAAUUAAGCUCGAAUAUCUAUUUGUACAUUUUAACCAUCAAUUCGUUCAUCUGGUCGUCAGCAUUAGCUGUGUUGUAUACAUUUGUGGGUAACCGAAUACGACAGCGAAACAAAGAGGCAAUUUCGAAAUCUUAUUCAGCAGAGGAAGUUAGCUGUUCACCGAGUACGGAUUCUUCACGCAGAGACCGAGACCAUGAACCGAAACAGAAACCAAGACUUAUAAAGCAGAUGACGGCGGGAUCUAUCACGACCUUCAUUACCAACAACCGACUCACGUGGAUGUUUAUUUUGAUGACUGUGCUCAAUGUUGUUUCCUACAUACCAAAGUUAGUUUUAGAUAUUUCAUACAAUCAAGACCGUUAUUUCUUUUUUAAGAAAGAAAAAAAUAUGUAUCUGAUGCUCAUGUUUUUGGACAAUUUUUACCUAUUUAACAAUGUAGCCAAUCCGUUCAUUUAUGGGUUUUUUGAUGCAGAAUUUAGAAACAGAUUUAAGAAAAGGUUCUGUUCAUAUUGCCGGUGAAGAAAAAUGGAAGGAAUGGAGAAUAAAGGGUGUCGUUAUUUUACAGAUCAUAAAAUCACAUGUAGUACAUGUAUGUGGCUCUAUCUAUUCAUAUCGGUUGAUUUAAAAGCAAGGUUUCAACGUCAAGUGAAUAAACUUAAAAAAGCAAGUUCUAAAGUAGGUAUCCAUUAAUCUAAGGGAUGUAGCGUUCAUUUAAUGGUACUUCAAUGAUGUAUAUCCGAGUACCUCUCGUAUAUCUCUUCAACAAGCGUCAAGGACCCACAUCACGGUAGGCGUAGGGGAAUUAAGAUCUCUCACUGUUACUUAUGUAUGCGCCAUGGAUACAUAUUAUAUAGAUAAAAAUGUGUGGUACUUCAUCGAAAGCUUUGCGAGGUCCCUACCGAAGUGCAACAAUUUUGAAUAAGACAUAAACUUAAUUAAAAAGAUAAUUGUUUAUCGAAUGCCCUUUGGGAAUCAUGAAAUUUCAUUUAUUGGAUAUUCGAAGAGAGAAACAUAUUAACCUAUCCUUUAUUUAUGAUACUAAUAUAUUUUUAUUCUGCUUGAUUAUUCUAUCUAAGCACUAUUAUGACCUGUAUAUCUUUGUAUUCUACUUGAUUAUUCUAUCUAAUCACUACUAUGGUCUAUAUAUAUUUGUAUUCUACUUGGAUAUUCUAUCUAAUCACUAUUAUGACCUGUAUAUGUUUUUAUUCCACUUGAUUAUUCUAUCUAAUCACGACUGUUAUGUAUAUAUUUGUAAUUUACUUGAUUAUUCUAUCUAAUUACUACUCUGGCCUGUAUAUAUUUAUAGUAUGCUUGAUUAUUCUAUUUAAUCACUACUAUGGUCUAUAUAUAUUUGUAUUCUACUUGGAUUUUCCAUCUAAUCACUAUCAUUGCCUGUAUGCUGGGUAUAUAAUGAGGCGUGGAAGUGAACUACUGGAGAAGAAAAUUAAUUUUGAUAAGAUAUGGAUCAUUGACGAGAAAUUAUUAUUAUUAUAAAGGUUAAAAACAAAUUUAGCCACAACUUGGAAGUAAUAAAGGUGUACUGAUUGAGUUGGUAUGCACACACAGAGCUGGUUAAUUUAGGCUACAUCUGCGCCCGCUAACAUAAGAAGUUGAUAUGAGCGGGCACUUCCUCCAUAUUUUCUAUACCUUAGAGUCUAAUGAAACACACAUUCUUGAAUUCAAUUCAUAAAAAUGAUGGAGCCAAAAUCAACUCAUCGUCGCAAACCACGGGUUAUCAUUUCCAUUCCAUUUCACAAACUCACGGGAGUCCACUAUAAAUUAAGUUUACAAAUAUAAUUUAUAAGAAUAAAGUGGGUUCGUUAAUUUAAGCGACCAGGUCAAGAGGUGAUAUGACCGGUGAAUUUUAGAAUGUUGGAUUAUUUUUAUUGUUGUUUUGAUUAUAAUCAUAUUUUAUUUAUAUCCAUAGAAAUAAUACUGCCUAAGAUUUGUACACACACACAGUUCCGUUUUCUAUUGAUUUUUGGAUUAAACAAUUGUACAACGUAGUCCUCCUUUGUAACUCUGGAAAUUUCGCAGUCAUUAUAUAUUGUGUGGAUUAUAUCGCUACCGUUGGAAUUUAUUAUAACAUUACAAUAGACAAUUACUUACUUUGAGAUAUGUUGAUGUUAGUUAACAAUGUUUGUAAUUCAAUUUAUGACUGUCUGAAGAUUUAUUAAAGCCGAAAACGGUAACAGUGAAUCAAAUGCUA